AUGGCGGAUUCAAAUAAUAAGAGGAAAGAAAGAUCUGGGGGCGGCGGAAGAGAUGCGAGAGAUGCGAGGGAUGGGGAUAAUAGAGGGGGGAAGAGAGCUAAGGGUGGUUCAAAUGGCAAAUGGCAAACUCCACAUCAGCAAACCAAAAUGGCGUCUAAGAAUGGUGGGAAGAUAGAACCAGGUGACCAAGGGAUUUGGGCAACGUGCGUGAAGGGCAAAGAAGGAAAGGCGACAGAGGAGCUGAGGAGUCUACUCGAGGAGUCUGCUGAGAAGUACUAUGGUAUAUCCGUGAAGUCAAGCAACGAAAAGGGGGACGAGGAAGAUAAAGACGCUAUCGAAUCAGUCGAUGAUAUCGAAGCAUCCAUUCGAAAAGAAGUUGCAGCGCACAAAGAUCCUGCAGAGAAGCUUUUCUCAGCAAUUUACCUAGAUAUUCAGUGCGUGCUGUUUUUCAAAACACGAUCGCCAAUAGACCCAGCCGAUCUCGUCCACAGGAUGUGUGAAGAUGCAGCAUCGGGCGGGGUGAGAAAAUUGAGGUUUGUAAAUCGUCUAACUCCAAUGUCAAUUAUUGGGAAAGCAACAGAAAAAGGCAUCGAAGAAGUCGGACAAGCCGUGCUAGGUGCUCAUUUCCGACUUUCUGGACAAACCGCAAAAUCAGAAGAAGUUGCUGCAUACUCGUAUGCUAUUCGACCCACGAUACGCAACCAUAGCACAUUAAAGCGGGAUGCCGUGAUCAAACAGGUCGCAUCUCUGGUGGAUGACAAUCAUAAAGUCAAUCUCACUAAGCCAGACAAAGUGAUAAUAAUCGAGAUUUACCAGACUAUCUGUGGUAUGAGUGUCGUUGGAGAUGACUGGGAAAAGCUUAAGCGCUAUAACCUUUACGAGCUCCAGUCACCUUCAGCGAGUUUAAAAUCUGGGGGACUAGCAGAUGCCAAAGCAAGAGCUACGCUCGAAAACGUAAUUACAGACGAGACUCGGGCUCUACCCGAGGAAUCAAACGGCAGUUAA